CACUUCCUCCUAGAAAGAGAAUAGAUGCUGAAGAAGAAGAUGAUGAUGCUGAAUGAUGUUGUUCGAUCUCAUAGAAACUUAGUGAGAGAAACUCCAUGGAAUCUGCAUUUGCAAUCUUAACGAAGAACAAGAAGAAGUGUUUUGAUUUUGUUUUGUUUUGUUUUUGAAAUACUUUAUCCAGAGAGAGAGAGUUAGUUCUUAGUAACAACAGCUAAACGAUUCGAUUCGAUUCACAUAUAUAUGUUUAUCUGGAAAUUUCGAGUGAUUUAGCUGAUAGUUUGAAGCAGUUGAAGUGUAGUUAGUUCUUAGUUACGUUCAGUGUUUUGACAUUAGAGAAGUCAGAUCCGGUAUGGAGGAGGAUUACGGCGACGGACGUUCGUCACCGACGGAAGCUAUACUGGAACUGAGCUGCGGAGAAAAUGGAGGCAAUGUCAGGUCGGAGACAGUUGCUUCUGCUUCGAUACCUAUUAAGGAAGGAGGAAAGAAUUUGCGACGGAGAGGUUCGGUACGGAGGAGUUUAGAUACGGAUGAGUUCUUAAAUUUGUUACACGGCUCGGAUCCGGUGAAGGUGGAGCUUAAUCGUUUGGAGAAUGAAGUUAGAGAUAAGGAUCGGGAAUUGGGGGAAGCGAGUGCGGAGAUCAAGGCAUUGAGGUUUUCUGAACGUCUUCGAGAGAAAGCUGUAGAAGAGCUUACAGAUGAAUUGACCAAAGUGGACGAGAAGCUGAAGUUGACAGAAUCUCUUUUAGAAACCAGAAAUCUCGAGAUAAAGAAACUGAAUGAUGAGAAGAAAGCAUCUAUGGCUGCACAAUUUGCUGCUGAAGCCACCCUUCGUAGGGUGCACGCUGCUCAGAAAGAUGAUGACAUGCCUCCUAUUGAAGCCAUCCUUGCACCUCUAGAGGCUGAACUAAAGCUUGCUCGACUGGAGAUUGGAAAGCUACAGGAUGAUAACAAGGCAUUAGAUCGCCUUACCAAAUCGAAAGAAGCUGCCUUACUCGAAGCAGAAAGGACUGUUCAGGUUGCCUUGGCAAAGGCUUCCAUGGUGGAUGAUCUUCAAAAUAAGAACCAAGAGCUGAUGAAGCAGUUAGAAAUAUGUCAUGAAGAAAAUAAAAUCUUGGACAAGAUGCAUCGCCAGAAAGUUGCUGAGGUUGAGAAACUAACUCAAACUGUCCGUGAGCUUGAAGAGGCUGUCCUUGCUGGUGGUGCUGCAGCCAAUGCUGUGCGGGAUUACCAGCGUAAAGUUCAAGAGAUGAAUGACGAGCGAAAAACACUUGACAGAGAGUUGGCCCGCGCAAAAGUGACAGCAAACAGGGUGGCAACAGUGGUGGCUAAUGAGUGGAAAGAUGCCAAUGACAAAGUUAUGCCUGUAAAGCAAUGGCUUGAAGAAAGAAGGUUUCUACAGGGAGAGAUGCAGCAACUGCGAGACAAAUUGAGCAUUGCAGAAAGAACCGCAAAGUCUGAAGCUCAGCUGAAAGACAAAUAUCAGCUGCGACUGAAAGUCUUGGAAGAAACACUAAGAUCACCCAACCGUGGGACUUCAGAGGCACGUAGUGCGAGUAAUGGACGCCGUCAGUCCCUAGGAGGAGCAGAUAAUAUAUCGAAAUUAACUUCCAAUGGAUUUCUACCUAAGAGGUCUCCAUCGUUUCAGAUGAGAUCUUCUCCAUCGUCUGGCAGUAGUUCAAUUUUGAAGCAUGCCAAAGGGACUUCAAAAUCAUUUGAUGGAGGCACAAGGUCGUUAGAUAGGGGUAAUAAGGUACUCUUAAAUGGAAUUAGCCCUAGCUUCAACCCUAGAUUAAAUAUUAGCAAGUCUUCAGUGAUUACAAAAGAAGAUGAGGUCGAGUGUAAUACCUGGAAAGAUAAUUCAGAACAAAAACCCAGUGACAUUACUACUUCAGUAGAUACAGAAGAUUCUGUUCCAGGGAUGUUGUAUGAUUUACUGCAGAAGGAAGUAAUUGCUUUAAGGAAAGCUGGUCAUGAAAAAGAUCAAAGUCUUAAAGACAAGGAUGAUGCCAUAGAGAUGUUGGCCAAGAAAGUUGAUACUUUAACCAAGGCUAUGGAGGUCGAGGCAAAGAAAAUGAGGAGGGAGGUAGCAACCAUGGAGAAGGAGGUAGCUGCCAUCCGUGCUGAUAAAGAGCAAGAAAAUCGAGCCAAGAGGUUUGGAAGCACAAGGAUUCCUGUAAUCAGUUCCCAACCAUUGCCUGCAAGAAAUAUAGCACAAGGUGGGUUAACGCGCAGUACUCAAUAACCGGAAGCUAGAUUUGACUUGAAACGGUGUGGGGGUGGGGGUGAGUAAAGAGUAGUUCUGCUGCAUUUAAUCUUUUUCUCUUGUCUCUUUUAUUGUGUGUUUCCUAUGGGAAAAAUAAAAGAAGCUAUAGAGAUAUAAUGAAUGGUGUGUGGAUGAUCUAUCUGACUUAGAUUGGUAUGGUUGGGGGGGGGGGGGGGGUUCCCUUGAGCAAAAAUUAGAGGGAUAGGGAAAGGUAAUGGAUGAGAGCUAACAACAACAACAACAACCCUUUUUUUUAGCAGGAUUUGGUUUUUGAGUGGCAGUAAAGUAAUUUUUGUGGCUGUUUUAUGCCCCAUGUUUAUUGUGAUUUCCUUUGUAUUACUUACCUUACUAAUACUUCUUUACUUACUUGGCUGAUUAUUUUAUUUCUUCUU